GGACACUUAUAGGACAACUUGGACAAGUUGGACUCACUUUCCUCUUCUCCCAAACUUGGAGGACGACUCCUGUGGAAACUUUAUCAUUAAGUUGACAGAAAAAGUUCAACAGGGUUUUGUUUUUCCCUCUGGAACUUUCCAGGCUCCCUCAAGAUGGGUGAUUGGAGCGCUCUUGGUCGUCUGCUGGAUAAAGUCCAGGCCUACUCUACUGCCGGAGGGAAGGUCUGGCUGUCCGUCCUCUUCAUCUUCAGGAUCCUGGUCCUGGGCACGGCUGUAGAAUCCGCGUGGGGAGAUGAGCAGUCUGCCUUCAAAUGCAACACCCAACAACCUGGUUGCGAGAACGUCUGCUACGACAAAUCCUUUCCAAUCUCCCACGUUCGAUUCUGGGUCCUCCAGAUUAUCUUUGUGUCGACCCCGACACUGCUUUAUCUGGCUCACGUCUUCUACCUGAACAGAAAGGAACAGAAACUGAACAGGAAGGAGGAAGAGCUUAAAGCUGUACAAAAUGACGGCGGAGAUGUUGACCUCCCGCUGAAGAAAAUUGAAAUGAAAAAGAUGAAAUAUGGCAUUGAUGAGCAUGGCAAAGUAAAAAUGAAGGGGGCCCUGCUCAGAACCUAUAUUGUCAGCAUUUUCUUCAAGUCAUUGUUUGAAGUGGGCUUCCUUGUCAUCCAGUGGUACAUAUACGGCUUCAGCCUGUCUGCAGUCUAUACCUGCGAGAGGUCCCCAUGCCCACAUCGGGUGGACUGUUUCCUGUCACGUCCCACAGAAAAGACCGUCUUCAUCAUCUUCAUGCUGGUGGUUUCGCUGGUGUCUCUGCUCCUCAACGUCAUAGAGCUCUUUUAUGUGUUCUUCAAGAGGAUCAAAGAUCGCGUGAAGGGCAAACAGCAGCCCACGCUCUACCCAAGUGGGGGCACUUUGAGUCCAGCCCCCAAGGAUCUCCCUGCAGCCAAGUACGCAUUCUAUAAUGGUUGUUCUUCCCCGACUGCCCCACUCUCACCCAUGUCUCCCCCAGGUUACAAGCUGGCCACAGGGGAGCGGGGGACCGGCUCGUGUCGUAAUUUUAACAAACAGGCCAAUGAGCAGAACUGGGCCAACUAUUCCACAGAGCAGAAUAGGCUUGGUCAGAAUGGUGGAGGAAGCACUAUUUCAAACUCCCAUGCACAAGCCUUUGACUUCCCUGAUGACACACAUGAGCAUAAGAAACUGUCCUCAUCAGUGGGACACGAGCUGCAACCGCUGGCGCUGAUGGACGCCAGGCCCUGCAGCCGGGCGAGCAGCCGCAUGAGCAGUCGGGCCAGGCCUGACGACCUGGAUGUGUAAACCCUGAUUCUUCUUCAUCUUCCUCCCACCUCUACCUGGCUGACAGCAUGCGUGGCUGCAGCCUAAGAAUCAGGAAACCCUCAAUAACUUAGGUUGAAAUAGGAGGUGGGACUAACCUCAGUUACUGUUGUCAUCAUAGACUCUUAGUUCAGCAAGAGACAUUAAACUUGUUAUGUAACACUGUUAAAAAGGCACAAGUUGCAUAUUUGGACGACUUUUACCACACACAAGUUUACAUACACACAUCAUGGGCAUGCAUGUCUUAUUCAUUUUGAGCCCUUAGAAAUAUGUUUUUGUUUUUCCAGAGUGGAAUGAAAAUCUUCAAUGAUUUUUUUGAAGCAAGAUUUGACUGCACAAUUUUAAAUUUAUUUUAUUUUCUCUAAUUUACAGAGUGUAAUACUACAUAUGGGCUCCAAGAUAUACAUGUAAGUAGUAGUAGUGCUUGACAAUGCCAAGCUCUGUUCGUUCUCAUUGGUGAUCAUGAUGGACUGCAUGUGGCAUGUGUGCCUCUUUGCGCUUGUCAAAGUCCAAGUAACUCAGUGAAGAUCUAAGAAGGAGAAUUGUAGAUUUACACAAGUUGUGAAAGCCUUUUGGAGACAUUUUUCAACAACUACAGAUUCAAAUAUCACUUCAAAUAAUUUAAAUGCGAUACAUGCAUUACAAGUUAUUUAGAUAUGGCAGCAUUUGCCAAAGUCUGGAAGAAGAUCCAUACUGUCACUCUGAAAUGAAAAUAAACUGGUUAGGAUGUUGAGGAACAAUCCAGGAACCAAGACUCAGUCCUACCAUGAAGUGCAAACUGUUGGAACAACAGUACACAAGUGGUCCACAAUGACUGGAAUCGACACCUUCCAGGCGGACUCAAUGUUGAAACUCUCCAAAUGGUCAAACUAAAUGUCUUCUGGACAAAAGUUUGAUGAGACAAAUAUUGAGUUCUUUGUCCACAAUGAGUAGAAGUAUGUGUGGAGGUGCCAGUGUACCUGGUACACUGGUACACUGCACAAAAUGGAUGGAAUAAAAAAGAACUACCCCCUAAUUCUUCAAGUUCUUCAAAUCAGUAGCUAGAUGUCUGAAUCAGAAAGAUAAGAGAAGUUUGUUGAUGAUACAAAAAUUGUCUGGUUGAGGUGAAACUUGCUGAGGACAUUUAUUAGUGGGGAUGUGUGUGUAUAUAUCUGACCUGUGUGUAGAAUUUUGACCGUGUGUAAAUUAGAGACAAUUUUAAAUGAAUUCAAAGUGCCCUCAAUUCUUGUUUUUGAAAAAUCUUUCAAGAUACAUGUUGUACAAUCAUUCCACACUAGAAAUCAUUAAGGGCCUAAAAUUGAUAUUGAUUCCCAUGAUGAGUGUACGUAAAUGUUUGACUGUAUGUCACUCCAAUCCAGCCUUGACAGUGAGGCAGGUUAACAGUGGCACACGCUGGUCAAGAUGAUUUUUGUCUGCAUUCGAUCUUAGUCCAUGUAAGUAAGCUCACGUUUUCACCAAGGACAGGUUAGUUUCAUUCUCUGUUUAUUCUCAAACUAAUCCCAACAACCAACAGACAAGUGUGCUAGCGCAACCCUAGCAUAACUACCUUUGUUUGUACCAUAAAAUAAUGAUAGCAUGCCAAGCAAUGUUUCCCAACCUGGGGAUACAUAGGAAUCGAAAUUGGCUGCAAACACAAAAGGUACAGUAUAUCUUUUGUCAUUAAAAAAGUGUUAAAUUCUUAAAACUUAACUUUUAUAGCAUAAAUGAUCAGAAACAUUGGUGGGUUCUAUUUAUGGUACCCUUUACAACGUCUGACAGUGGGAACCAUAACGGACUGAAGCAAACUGCUGGUCUUGGGGAAGUGGCUGGAUGUAAGAUCUGAAGGAGAUAUUAAACAGCUACAACAGAAGAUUUACAUGCUGUGCUAGUUGAUCUUCCUGUUCAUUUACUAAAAUGCCAUAAUCAUAUAUUCCAAACAUGAGAUGAUCUACAGCAUAUAGGAUGAAGAGUUGAAACGUGGACAUUUAGAAAGCCUAUCGUGAUUGACCUGUGUCUAAGCCAGGGUUUGGGGAGAUUGCUAAAUAUUUAUUGCUUAGAUCUCAUGGACGCUUCGCACUUGGUUCAAGAAUUGACUACUAUUCAGUUUCUCUUACUCAUAGAAUAUACUUCCACCCUUCUAGUUGUAUACUGUAUUUAUUGGCCACGUCUACAGUCACAUCAUCAGUCAGUCUGGAUUGUUUUUUUCCUGGAAAACUUUGAAUUUAUGUUUAAUUUUGUGGAUGUAUUUGUCUUUGUGGAGAGCGUGUGAGAGUGGCAGGUUUGAGGGGUCGGACCGUUGUGACAGCAAACAAAUGGCUGUGAUUGGAUGAUUCAUUGAAGUUCUUUUCCAUGCUUUCUGGGAGAUGGCGAGACAGAAUGUUUUUCUGUGUUCUACAUAUUUGAGUGAAUGAUUUCUUUAGCUGUUUGUGUUUUGAGAAAUAGUUACUUAGUACUGUAAAUCAAGUUAACUGUGUCACAAUGAAAAUGUGAGUUUCUAGAAGACUUUAUAGAUCAGGACUAAUAUUUAGUCAGCUAUAUUAAAAUGUAUGCCAAUGUAGCUCCACAACUACCAAACAUUAGAAGAAAUUUGUGAGAUUCUGUCGGUACUUCCAUGUGUUGUCAGCUACAAUGGCAUUUGCACUGAUAUGUUGGUGAGAAAUAUGUUAAUAUAAUGCACCCACAAAGUGAUGUACAUGUUGCUAAUUUAUUUUAGAAUGCAUAAAUCACUACAGUGCUUCAUAUCAGACAUCCGACUACUGCUUUCUCUGUCCUGGGCCAGAUGUUAAUACUCAUUUGUGACAGUAAAUCAGACGUUGCUAAUCCAUGUACAGUGUAAGUGCAUGAUAGCAAACUCAACACUCAUUCAUCAUAUCUGUGAAAACUAUUUUAACCAAUAAAUGUUUCUUCAUUCUUAAUGAUGAAAAUAAAUGAUGUUUUUUUCAGCCAGUUCUCUUUCAAGUUCAGUUCUGUUUUAGUUUACUCUUAUGUUCUAAGUUUAUUAGUCUAAUUACCGUAAUUUCCUGUGUAUAAGCUGCUACUUUGUGUAACUUCUAAUUUUUUAAACUUUGAACCCUGCGGCAUAUACGGCGGUGCGGCUAAUUUAUGGCCAUGUUCUCAUCUCCUAUACUUCAGAACUACUACUAAUCAUUUAAAUACUGUCUUUCUCAGCGAAGAAAUGGUAGCUUUCUUUGGCUUCCCAGCAAAGAAUGGAGGCUCCCUCUGGUGGCCACAGGCAGCUGAAUGAAUCACUGCAGCGCCUCAGCAGCCAUGGCCAAUGAACUGCUUUGCUGGGAAGCCAUUAAAAUAGUUUUUUUUUAAAUUCUAAACUCGCAUUGGUACUUGUCUUGUAAUUUUUUUUUACCUACCUUUUGAGUGUUAAGUUGCUGUUUGAUGAUUUUAGCGUUCGUUCUAAGAUGACACAGUGAGUCCGACUGUUAUAUUGAGUAAUGACCUCCUGCGAUUUCCGAUGGCUUGAUAAGCUCGUUGUGAGUUUUGUCAUAGUUCAUGAUUGGCUCCUGUCAAAUAAAGAGCUACCUGGUCCUCACGGACUUGUGCGCCACAACAUGCCAUUUUACGACGUGGACAUGCGCGGCUUUAGUCCGGUAAAGCAGAAAUUACGGUAACCUUGCAGUAUUUGACAGUAGCUGUAAUAUUACACCAGGUGUGUCUAAACCUUUUCCAACGAGGGCCACAUACUGAAAAAUUAAAAGUGUGGGGGAAAAAAAAAAUAAAAAAAAUAAAAACUGCA